AUGUCCAACGCCGCAUCUCUCGAUACCGAGUCGGCCCCUCUGCUGGCUCAAUCGGACGCGUCCCAACCCAAUAUUGAAGCUGGCCAUCUCUCUCCCACCACGGCCCUCCACCCCACCACCAUUCUUGCCCUGACCAUCCGACUGCAAAAGCUUCUAAACGACUUCAUCACUUUUGAGUUGUCGGAGGACAGAAUUACGGACAAUGAAGGGAUCAUCGAGCCUGCCGUGGUGGAUACUUUUUUGAGAGCGAGUGGCGAUCUGCCCGAAGCGGUGCCGUUCGCCCUGCUGAGAGCCAGAAGGAAUUUCAACAGGUGAGGUGGUGACAAUGUGUGCUGCACAUGCUCAUCCCAAGCACCCAUUCACUGAGAUCUCUGCAUUUCGAUGCGCAGAGAUGCCUCCUCUCAUCGCUCGCCAGAACUAUCGGCAUUGAGAGCCCUGGCUUCGGAAGUGCUAGCGACUCGCGUAGUGGCUCGUCUUGAGUCGGAUUAUCAUGCCAAACGCGAUAGGGCGGCGCAACAAGCUGCUACCCAGGCCGGUGUACAGGGUCAGCCCGCUAUACCCCUCGAUGAGCCUGCCGCUGGGCCUUAUGCCUCUGAGCAGUCUCAUCUUUGCAUCAGCAAGCGUUUCGUCACGCUCGAGGAUGAUGGGGACGAGACGCUGCCUACCAGUGCGCUCGAAGAAGCAGCAGACCAAAAUUGGUGAGCAUCGAGCAGUCGCAUGAAGCGCUGGGCUGAAGGACCGGGUCGCGUCAUCUUGAUGCGCGUGUGCUACCUUUUCACCUUCAUCCGCAACUUUUCCAUGCACCAGCGUCAUCUUCCUAGCCUCGGCCCCAGCGAGCCAUUGUGCAGAGGCUCUAUGGGCGGGUCACUUGGUCCAGUCGUACGCUCAAGAUGGCAGCGUACAUUUCGUACCGUACCACAGUGUGGAGUCAGGCUCCUUCCUGACUCACCUGGAUCCUUCGCGGCUAGCAGUGCCAAGGAACGCCUACUAUACCUCGAUCAGCAUGCAUAUGGUCCUGCUCUUCCUCUACACUAUGACGACGCUCGAGUACAAUGGCUUUGAUUUCUGGGAAGGAGCCUUCUGGAUCUUUGCAGCUUCAUACGUGCUGGAGGAUCUGGUCCGUUGGAUCAAGAUACGAGGGAUCGAUAACCUCAGCUUUUGGUUGAUCGUGGAUCUCUUGACCGACGUGGUCUUUAUCACCUCUUUCUUCCUACGCGUAUCGGGUUGGGUCAAUCACGGCGAUCAUAGGAGCGAGCUGCAACUUUCGGGCUUUAGACUAUUAGCAUGCGCUGCUCCUCUGCUCUGGAUGAGUCUUCUCAAGUGGGGCGACGGUCUGAGGUACUUGGGAGUCAUCCAGAUCGUCCUGCUCAGAAUGCUGAGAGAGACGGCUGCUUUCUUUGUCUUGCUGGGCCUUACCGCCAUAGGCUUCGCCCAGUGCUUGUUCGCCCUUGAUGCGGCUGAUGGGAGACGAGUGGACAAUAGCAUUUCCCUGGUUGCUAAUAUCCUCGCUAGGGCUCCCUUAGGUGACGCCUCGUGGGACACUUUCGACUCUGAGCAAUUUGGCCAGCCGUAUGGACUCAUCAUGUUCUACCUAUACGUCUUCACUCAGGUGAGUUGUAGGCUCCGAAGGGGAGACGCGGCUUCUGCCAUUUAUCUCGCUGACGGGUUCACCGCACCUCCAUCCACAGGUGUUGCUAUUGACCAACAUCCUGAUUGCGUUUUUCGGUCAAGCAUAUGGAGAUGUGGUGGAGACGGCAGACGACUUGUUUGCUGCGUACUUUGCGCAAAAGGUCGUAGGAACGAUUCGAGCGCCUGAUCAAUAUGUCUAUCUUCCGCCCUUCAAUCUGGUAGAGGCGUUCCUGAUAGCUCCUCUGGAGCAUGUCCUUUCCUCGAAAUCCUACGCCGCUCUCAAUCGAGCUGUGCAGAGCACGAUAUAUGCGCCCGCGCUGCUCGUCAUCGCGCUCUACGAGAGCAGGUUCGACUCGAAGCAGAUGAGAAGGAUCAAGCUUGAAAUGCUCGAUAGGGUUCCCGGCCUGCACUUGGGCGAACGAGAGGGAAUGGGGAGGGUCAAGGGAACUGCUGAAGACCCCGAAAUUAGCGAUUGGGAUCGCAGCGCUGCGAGCACAUCGCGCGAAGGAGUAGAGCGUGUCCCCAUUGUGCUUGCGAGAACUGCAUACAAGGAUCUGCUCGGCAAGCUGCCCAAGAUACGCAAAGAAGACAAUGACGAGGGGCAAGAAGAGGAGACGAAGGAACAGCGCGCGGACAGCUCGAGCGGGGCCAAAGAGCUACCUGACGACGCGCUCAAACUCAUCCUGGCUGAACUUCAGGCUUUGAGAAAGGAAGUGGAGGAGCUGAAGAGAUCGACGGCUAAUGGUUCAAGUGGAGCUGAGCAAGUCAAACAGGAAGAUUGA